CCAGUAUACAAUCUUGACUCCUUCGUGCAUUAAUGUCAUCCAUCCAUCCAUUUUCUGUAUGUAAUAUUCAAUUAGGGGCCACAACAUAGGGAGCACUUCCACGGUACGAUUCACUGCCAAAUCUAACGAAUGCACGCUUUUCAUUGGUGUAGAACUGCAUUACGUCAUCGUAAGGUUUUAUUAUUCGGCUCCUCUUGUGCAGUUCUACUCAACGAAAGCUGCAACUCUUUUGUAUCUUUGUGUCUGUUCCAUCUAAUGUUGUGGCUGCUGUAAUGGGUCGUUCGCGAACGAUCCACCUCCUCCAUCCGGCUCGCUGAAGUUGACAGUUGACGAGGUAGCAGCCACACUCAACCUAAAGGACUGCAGGCUGCGUCCCUGCAACUUCCCUGGGAAACCUUCAAUAUCCCCAAUUUUCUCCUGAAGCAAGAUGGAGUCCCAGUCUUGCCUGGGGCACCUUGUGUCCGAAGGGAUGUGUCUGCUGGUUCCCAGUCCCCAGAGUGAAGCAGUGACCCAUGACAUGGAGGAGUUGUCACUGCAGCCCAACCAGGGCCUGCUGCCGCUGAAUGAACGCAAGAACGUUCUGCAGUUGAGGCUUCAGCAAAGACGAACUCGCGAGCAGUUGGUGGAUCAGGGCAUCAUGCCACCCCUGAAGAGCCCGGCUGCUUUCCAUGGGCAGAUUCGCAGCUUGGAGAGAGCCAGGACGGAGAAUUUUCUUAAACACAAGAUCCGAAGUCGUCCAGAGAGAGCAGAACUGGUCAGGAUGCACAUCUUGCAAGAGACUGGAGCAGAGCCGUCACUACAGGCCACCCAGAUGAAACUAAAAAGGGCCCGAUUGGCUGACAACUUGAAUGAGAAAAUUGCCCAGAGACCUGGUCCCAUGGAGCUUGUGGAGAAGAACAUCAUACCUGUGGAUUCCAACCUUAAGCAGGUCAUAAUAGGACAGGUGAAUUAUCACAAGGUCUUGGAUGAGGACAGUAGUGAUGCCCUGUCCCCAGAGCAGCCCGCCAGCCAAGAAUCUCAGAGCUCCAUGCCCUCACCUGUGGAGGGCAAAGGCCCAGAACCCCCAUCUCCAGCUGCACUUCCUCCUAGCAUCCUGAAGUCCCCCCCAGCUGCUAUACAAUCCACUGCAGACAGGAUAAAGCUAAUUGCUACUAGUGAGCAGCCUACAAGCCGCCCAGCCAUUUCUCCUGUUCAACCAGUCACUCCAGUCACUCCCUCCAAGCCAGGCCCAACACUGGUGAAACAAAGCCAGCAGAAGCUGCCUUCUGAGAAGAGCCGCAGUAAGAAAGGCAAAGAGGCCAAGCCCAGAGUGAAAAAGCUCAAGUACCACCAGUAUGUUCCACCAGACCAGAAGCAGGAGACCUGUGAGUCCCAGAUGGACUCCUCCUAUGCCAGACUUCUGCAGCAACAGCAGUUGUUCCUCCAACUGCAGAUCCUCAGCCAGCAACAGCAGCACUACAACUAUCAGACUAUUUUACCGGCCCCACUCAAACCCGUGACAGAAGGCCAAAGUGGCAGUCCUAACGGCCUCCCGACGUCCAUCGUGGUUUCAUUGCCUGCUGCACCUCCACCACCCCCGGUGCCUCUGGCACGGCAGAAUAACUCAUUAUUGAACCGCAAGCCCGGAGUCCUGCCUGCCAACCUGGAGGAGAUGAAGGUGGCUGAGCUUAAGCUGGAGCUAAAGCUGCGUGGCCUCCCCGUGUCAGGAACUAAAACCGAUCUGAUAGAAAGACUGAAGCCUUUCCAGGAUAGUCCCAGCUCCUCUGCUUUGACCACUAUUCCCUCACCUGCCACAACCACUCUCACCGCCAUCCCCAUGGAGAUCAUCACCACCGCUACCAGUCCUGCCGUUGUCCAUCCACCCCAGCAAGUGGCCUCUGAGAUCAUAAGCUCCACACCUCCAGUCUCCCCCACUCCGAGUGAUCCCUUCACUUUCCAGCAGGAUGUAGGCAUGUCAGAUGCUAAUUGUGAGCCACAGAUGUGCCCGGCAGGGCCGGGGUCCACGUCUCUCCCUCCCUUGCCUGUCCCAGAAAAGGACAGGAGGCUCCAUGAGAAGGAGCGACAGAUUGAAGAGUUGAUGAGGAAGCUAGAGCAGGAGCAGAAGUUGGUGGAGGAGCUGAAGAUGCAGCUGGAGGUAGAGAAGAGGAGUCAGAGCAGCUGUACGACAGACUCUCCAUCUGUUGCCUCCAACAUCACCGCAGUUUCAUGUCCUUUGAGCCCUGUAAAACCGGAGAAACCAGCCAUGUCAAACUGCUCUCCAGCUUCCUUUCCAAACUCUAUCUUGGGCACCCAGACUCUCACAAACCCGCUGCAAAGUGUGGUGAAGUUGGAGGACGUGACUGUUUGCUCUGGCAAACCCAUCCAGCUGCAGCCUCAAACUCAGCUCAUCACACAUACCCAGGCCCAAGUAACCACCAGCCCGCAGCCUGUCCAUCAGUCCCAGAGAAGCCCCAAACUCAAGACUCAGCCACAAUCCCAACCCACCACUCCAAACCUGCAGCAGUUCUUCGUCAGUCAUCCCGGCGGGGUGUCACAGGUGCUCGGUCAACCCCAGACGUUGCUAACGACAUCUGGUCAACCUCAGACUCUACUGACCGCAACUGGCCAGUCUGGAACACAGAUUCUGCUCCCUGUGUCACUGUCCAACAACACAACCACCAUCCAGCUGCCGAGCACGACUGUUAACUUACAGCCUGUCCUUCAGGCAACUGUCUCAAAUCCAGGCCUCGUCCAGGCCUCCAUUCCGCAGCUGCAGACAACCAAGAUGGAGACAUCCCCCAAUCAGCAGUUAGCCAACCACAACUCAUUGCUGCAGACUUUAACAAUGUGCAGUAAAACCAUUGACAUGGAGAACCACACAAGGCCUGAGAUCAAUCCCCAGUGUUUCUUGAGGAACUCCCCAGACAGCAGGGCCUCUCCUCGGGCCUCACCCAAUCACAUCUCUAAUGGGCCGCUCAACAAGUCUUCCCCUGCAUCCCAGCCAACACUUAUCCUGCAGCCUGCAUCUUUGCUUUCUCAGCUUCCUAAGACAAAAGAGCCUCCUCGCUAUGAAGAUGCUGUUAAACAGAGCCGCAACAUGCAUGUUAACAGUGUUUCACAGGCUACCAGUCAGCAGAUGGAUGACUUGUUUGAUAUUCUCAUACAGAGCGGAGAAAUGACUCCAUUUAUCCAGCAUGAGCCUCCAGUGUCUCUCGCUAAGAGCCACCCGGUCACAGCCAACAUCACCACUCUUCCAGUCAACACCGCCCUCUCCAGACACCCUCCACAGAUCCAGGUGGCCCCCCCUCCCACGCUGAGUCCCAUCGACCCCAGCCUGCCCAACCUCUCCUCGCUGGCCACUGACAAUCAGCUGGAGGCCUUCCUGGAGAGGACGCUGGCCAACACGCCGUCUGCAUCAGACCCGCGCACGCGAGGCCUGGUGGAGGAGCUGCAGGCCCAGCUAAUGGACCAGCAGCCCUACUCGCCUAUGGACACAUCCGAACUGUCCUUCUGCGACUCCUCCUCUCCCCCGUCCUCACUCAACAUGGGCCUGUCCGACCCAGCGCUGGACAACAUGGAGUGGUUGGACCUCACCAUGCCCCCAGGUCCAGGCGGGGCUCUCACACCCCUUGGGAUGCCUACGGACUUCCUGGACUCGCAUGACCUGCAGUUGCACUGGGAUUGACGCAUGAGUACAAGAAGCUGGAGAAGAGAAGUUGAGUCCUGACGUCGAGAAGAAAGAAACCCAAAGCAGCAGUAAUAUUCCCACUACACCCCAGUAAGAGCCUCCGGACAGGCAGUGCACUGAUUUACUACAAGCAGGAGUUUGCACAGCUUUAAAUGAUGAUGUCAUCGCUUGGAAAACCUGUAGGAUUACCAUUGGGUAAAAAAAAGGGUUGGAAAUACGGAUGUUUCAGAGGCUGAUGUCAUGAUUGCUUAAAAGGCCAGGAAGUUUUGGUAGCAUGGACCAUAUCCUGGCUCAUAUCCAUCGCUAAAACCACCAGUGAUGACUGCAAUAUAACAUCUGUGGAAAUAUAUUGACCCCUUCCUGCGCUGGAGAGAUUAAGCCUAAUCCAUCCUAUCAUGCACGUUUUUGCUGACUAAGCUGACAUGCUGCAUCAGAUGUGACUUCUUACAGCUGUCACCGACCGCGCUGACGAGCCAAUGAAAGUCUACAAGCGGAGGGCGAGGGAGGACGCUCCUUUCGUGGCAUGAGAGCUAUGCACUAAAGAGGUCUAGCAUGGCUGCGCUCACCUCCAAACUGGCUAAUGUGAACUCAGCAUAUCACAAGUUGCUACCAAAACGAUUGAUUGCAGUCACCGCGACGCCGGAUCGUCUUCAGAGAUUUGUCGCCAAGUCUCUUUGUUUUUUUGAAUGUAUUCUGCAAAGUUGACAAAAAAAAAAAUCGGACUUCACUCGUAAGUAGCGGCAGCUUCUCUAACCGUGGAAAGGGAACAAAUUCAUACGUAACAUUUUAGGUGUGGAUUAAACAAGGCACAUCAAUCCAUAUCUUCACUGCACUGCAGUAUCCCUGCACUGUGUAUAUGUGUGUGUGUGUGUGUGUGUGUUGGUCCAUGUGACCAAGCAUGAUUUGCAGAAACUCGAAUACAGUGGAACCUCCAAGGUUGACAACAAUGGUACAGUAACCCCCCCUUUAUCGCAGCUAAUUGGUUCCAGACCCAACCAUGAUAAGUGAAUUUCUAGGAAGUAGAUUCCUUCUUCCUUAAAUGGAACCUUUCCGUAGUUUGACAGCCUUUUGAACUUUAUGAGAGCCUCUAGACAUGAAAUAACAUCCCUACAGUCAUCUUUACACUCAUACUACCCAAGAUAGUAGAUAUCGUAAGAAAAAAUUAUAUAAGACAUAAAUAACUUGUGUGUUUGUGUGGACAGGAAGUGACGCUGAGGAUUGAUAUUACACCUCCAUGGCACGUGCAAAACAUGAUAGAGUGAAAAGAAGUUCUCCCAUCCAGUGUGGAAGUGGUAUGUUUUUGGCUUUCGUAGUUCCUCCUUCCUGACUCCGUUUGAAAUCCUUUACGUUUAGAAUAAAUUACACUGAAGGCUAACUAGUUAGCUCGCUAGCAUGCUAUUGAUGUCUCUUGUGUCUACGCGGUUUAGUUUGCCGUCUAUGACGUUAUUUUUAUUGUGCAGAAAAUCACACCAGGUGGCACGGCGGUCUAGUGGUUAGCGCGCAGACCUCACAGCUAGGAGACUAGGGUUCAAUUCCAUCUCUGUGUGGAGUUUGCAUGUUCUAUGCUAACAUGCUAACUCCAAAUUGUCCAUAGGUAUGAAUGUGAGUGUGAAUGGUUGUUUGUCUAUAUGUGCCCUGUGAUUGGCUGGCCACCAGUCCAGGGUGUACCCUGCCUCUCGCCCAAAGACAGCUGGGAUAGGCUCUAGCACCCCUGCGACCCUCGUGAGGAAAAGCGGUCGAAAAUCACACCGGUUUUCCGACUGUCCCACCUUUAGUGGUGUUUGAAUUUGGAGGUUCCACUGUAGUCCAAAAUGAGAAUGGCUGCUGAGGUCGUCUAAUCGUUGUCCAAAUCUGCUGGCGUGGCUGCGCGAGAGUUGCAUGAGCUUUGUGCCGUCUUCCCGUCUUUGUGCGUUUGCCUCGUCGUCUUCUCGUGCACGGCUGUUCUCACGUUUAAGCUGUUCCACCCCCCCGCCUCAGCCUGUUUGUGUACGUUGGUAUCAUCCAAUCCUUGGUUACCGAGGGAGGACAAUAUGGCUGCAGUGUGCUCCAAACACUAAGAAGAGGGCUGUGCUCUUUUUUAUAAUGAUUGUCUGCAUCAUAUCCAAACUAUCUUGAUGCAUAUACUUCAUCAUACAAAUCACCUCUUUUGUUAUUAAGUCCAUGACCACAAGAGGGCGUUGCCACUCACUGCUUUAGAUGAAGACAUGGUUCCAUUCAGAGGUUUGGUCUGCUCCUACCAGAAAAAGCUGAGCCAACCCCAGCAUUGGAUCUUCUCAUGAGGUCAUAUUCUUUGUUUUAUAAGGGUGUCAAAUUGAAUUCUCUAUGGCCAAAAAAGGCAUUUGGAAUAUAUUAUCACUUUUUUUUUCCUAUUUAUCACUUAUUUUCGGGUUGACUAAAACAUAUAAUUGUGAUUUGUUUUGUUUGUGUUUCCUAAAAUGACUUUGGUUUGCUUUUUCUUUGUUAUAGUGAUACUGUAUAUGACGUUUGUGAUAUCGGCCGACUCGGUCGGCUGCAACGGUGCAGGUUGGUGGGAGCCUCACUGGCCAGUUAAGUGACAACAGCUCAUACUUUACUGUCGUCAUGACAGCUGCUCCUCUUUCAUGUACUGUACUUUUAGACACAUCCGUAAAUACUACAUAUCGCCCUUACUCUCCCCAUACUGACUGCACACUUUAUCGCCAUGGUCACAUUCGCAACAUGGGUUCUGACCAUUCUGGGAUGUCAAAUGAAGCACAGGCGGUCCUCCCGUCGCAUACCCCCCUCAUUGCCUCUUGUUUGUAUGCCAUAUGUUUUGCACAUUGUGUACAUAUUUAUAUAGACGUAAUGCAUAUUUUUAUACAUGUGUAGAAUUCACAGGCUCUCUAUUUUGUAAAUACUACAAACAAAUGUAAUGCCUUUUAUGUGACAAUAAAAAAAAUGGGUGUACUGUACGAUGAACGGGCUUGUGUGCUUAUAUUAUGAAAUUAUUGCACACGAUCCAGGGGUGCCCACUAUGAAAAGUGCCCUAAUGGCACUUUUUUUAAUUACAUUUUUUGUUCUCCUAUAAUGUGCAUUAUUACUAUUUGCACAGAAUCCCGGAAAAUUGUAGGUUAAGAGCAAUGCUGGCUCUGUACUAUAAGAAAUUCUGUGCUACCAUAAAAACACUACACCUAAAAUUGAGCAAAUUCGGUGGUUCAUCGCCAGGCUGAUAAUCAAGACCAUGACUUCAUUCCAAAACAUCCUGCGGAAGUCUUAAAACAGUUGUCGUCCUUCAAAGUCUGUCAUUUGGCCCAUGAACUUAACCACGUGCAUGUUUUUUUUCCUAUAAUUUCGGAACAACUUCCGAGAGACCGCAAAGUCCUUUGGUCAGAUCCCGUUCACGGUGACCUCAUUCCAUGUUUUCCAAAGAAACUCUCAUUCGGAUCUUUCUUUGCUCACGGCUUUUAAAUGAUGUGAUCAUGUUUGGAAGGAAUCGGAGUCUUUUGGUGAUGUCUUUAUCUGCAGGGCAAACACGCCACUUCAUGGUAUCAAAGGAAUCGGCUUCUCAACCACCCAGCGAUACUUUAUUAUCCCUUUAUGGCCGAAUCACUGAAUAAACUCAUCCAUAAAUCAUGUCAAAUACAAAUAUAGUGUAUAUCAUAUAUUUGUAUUGUAACAAUAAAAUGAGCGCUAAAAGACAUGCGUAAAGGGAGGCACGUUUGCUCAAGGGCAGCCAUCUUUGGGGGUUUUAGACAACCCAUCUAGUAAGCGGUGAAAUCCUCGUCACGAGAAAGUAACCAAAGCCAAGAUCGGAACACACACUAUUAUUUUUACAAUGCAUACAGAGUAUUGCGAUGCCCUUCCUUUGACCCCAGCCUCCAUGUCUAAAUCACAAUAACAACAAACUCUAUGGGAAAAUAUUAUAUAUUCUCUUUUAUGUUCCAGCUGGAGACUAAAAGCCUUUUUCCUCCUCCACUUGGAAGCGUUCAGGGCCUAUAAAUGAGAGUGUUUGAUAGAUGGGAAUGUUCUUUAUCACGGCACAGAAGCAAGGCAGGAAUGCUACCUUUGAUGAUUUGAUGCUUUUUUUUACCGACAUGGGCGGCAAGUAGA